AUGGAGGAGAAGAAUAUCCGUCGAGAGCAGAGUCCAGACUCUGUCGGGCCAUCGAGUGAUCCUAUACAGCUGGAAAACCGCCAUGGCGGAAAGGAAACACAGCAGAAGCUGCAAGCCCUUUUCGAUAUUCUCUUCUGGGCGCCUCCGCGAUGUCGAUGGUCACCGGACAAUCCUCCCAAGUUCAAUCUAUUUCUAAAUCUCCUGUUCUCCUUCGCAACAACAUUCACAGUCGCCAAUCUAUACUACGCCCAACCAUUGCUGGAUAUGCUCGCCGAAUACUUCGACGUGACCCAAAAACAGGCCUCGUUGAUCCCAACAUGCUCGCAGGCGGGCUACGCAGCUGGGCUCAUCUUCCUCUGUCCAUUGGGUGACAUGCUCCGGAGGAGACCAUUCGUCCUGGUCUUGACCUUCCUGACUGCAACCGUCUGGAUCGGGCUCUGCGUGACCAGUUCGUUCAAUGUCUUCCUUGCCCUGAGCUUCAUCACAUCCAUCACCACCGUGACCCCCCAAAUCAUGCUCCCCCUCGUCGGAGACCUCGCGCCGCCAGCCCGCCGCGCAACAGCCAUCUCCCUCGUCACCUGCGGUCUCGCACUCGGCAUGCUCUUCGCCCGUCUGCUCGCGGGUAUCAUCGCCUCGCGCACCGACUGGCGCAACGUCUACUGGCUCUCCCUCGCCCUGCAGUACCUCAUCUUCCUGCUCAUGUGGCUCUUCAUGCCGGACUACCCGGCCACCAACUCCGACAUCUCCUACUGGACCAUCCUCUCCUCGAUCAUCGGCUACUUCGUCCGCUCUCCCGUCCUCGUCCAGGCAACCCUGAUCGGCUUCCUCACCUCCGCAACCUUCACCAGCUUCUGGACCACCCUCACCUUCCUGCUCUCCGGCGACCCCUACCGCUACUCCACCCUCACCAUCGGCCUCUUCUCCCUCGCCGGCCUGACCCCCAUGUUCUUCGGCCCCGUCUUCUCCCGCUUCCUCAUCGACAACUUCGUCACCCCCUUCUGCGUCACCGUCAGCCUGCUCAUCACUAUCGCCGGCAUCGCCGUCGGCACCUACACCGGCUCUUUCUCCGUCGCCGGCCCCAUCCUUCAGGCCGUCCUCCAGGACUUUGGCAUCCAGAUGACCCAGAUCGCGAACCGCGCCGCUAUCUACAAGGUCGCGCCCAAGGCGCGUAACCGCAUCAACACUGGCUACAUGGUCGGCGUGUUCUGCGGGCAGUUGAUGGGCACGUCGGUCGGGAACCAGGUGUAUGCGCGCGGCGGCUGGAUCAUGUCCGGCACGAUGGGUUUGGCGCUGGUGGCCGGCGCGCUGGUCAUUGGGCUGCUGCGCGGGCCGCUGGAGAAGGGCUGGAUUGGAUGGAGGGGUGGGAUGCGACUGCGACGGAUUCCGGAGGAAGGCUAA